AUGCCACCGUCAUUCAACACUCACAGCGUCACAGUGUCACUUUACCAUUUUUUUCGACUUCUAAUAUUCCUAUUAAUGGCUCUCAUAACUUGUUUUCUUCAGGAAACGGAAACUAGCCUACUAGGGGAAGUCUCCACCCUUCGUGAGUUAUUCACUGCCCUUUCCACGGCAACAGAAGAUCCUACUCGCCUCUUAGAAGACGCCGAAUCGGUCUUAGCUCGCGCCGGGGUAGCUACAGGCGAUUCCGGCGUAUCGAUGACCCCCAGCGGGGCUCUACAUUCCUCCAGCUCUAAUGAAGUCGAAGCUUUUGCUUCCGUUGUGGAUGCUAUCAUGUCAUCUCGACAACAGCGUCAACGGCAAAGUAAAAAUUUGGAAGGAACACUGAGUCUUGCUUCGGACAGUUUAGGUUCCACAUCGUCUGGAUGGAGUGGUAAUGGUAAUGGUGCUGAUUGUCCUAAUUCGAGUCUGGUAUCAAGUCAAGUGUCAGUCCAUAGUGCUAAUGGUGGAGCUCAACACCAAACGGCUGCCAUUCUGAGACACUCUCGAUUGCCUCAAAAUGACAACAGCCCUCGUUCAGCCUCUGUCGGUCGCCCAAUGGUCAACGGGACCCCUCAGCGAAUCGUUAGCGCCAGUGGAGUUAAAGAAUUAAUGUUACAACACCCAAUAACUAACGGGCAUAACCUAACCUCAACACCAGCCCAUAGACCAAAAACUACAACCAUCGAGGCUCAACAGUCUUCUGGUUUUUCGUCUGUCAAUGGAGCGUCACCAAUGCAGCCUAGUCCAAACCAACGCUAUUCUACCUGUACCCUUCAUCUCAACGACACCAUAUCUUCAAAUGCAGAAGAUAGGACGUUGAAGAACAUGACGAAUGGGAAUAGUCAGGAAGAAGAAAACGAAGAGGAGGACCUAGAGGAAACAGCUUCUGGGACGCUUGAUGAUGAGACAUCUGAUGAUGGAAUGUUGUCUGAUGAUCGUGGACUGGGAAAUGGGAGUGGAAGAGAGAAGAUGACAAGCACCGACGAUGAAAUACAGCGUCCUGGUUUAAAUGGAGUUCUCUCUCGUGAACAGAGAUCCCUUUCUCGUGGAGGUGAACUGCACAAACUACUCUAUCCAGAUCAAUCCCUUCCUCCACCCGUCUACACAAAUUUAAACAAAUUGACCCACGCUGCUCAACGCAAGUUCUCAAUGUCCACAAACGUCUCACCUAAUACCCCCACCGGUGGCUCUGCUGGAAAUCCCAUGUUGUGGAGUCAAUCAGCGACAGGCGAAUCGGAUAAUCUCUCCAUCGCCUCUGCUCCUCAUGCGCAACCUGAGACGACCACGAACAAUAGUGGAGUCCACUCAAUGCCCGGAUCCCCACAUCGUCCCUCAUAUUCCACGUCGAGUUCAAAUUCUAGACCUAGAGGCAGCUCAGUUGGCGUGGAAGAUCCAUUCUCUGUGGAAAUGGAUGAAUUGGACAGAAUGGUAAUCGGUAAGUAA